ACUGGAAGAGGAGGGGUAGCUGCAGCAGCGGUUUUAGUUUUAAGCACUUUUGUCCUAGUAUGCUUGCCCUAGUUUAAUGUUAGCCUCAGUUUGCACUUUCGUCUUGGAUGCAUUUUAUAUAUUUUACUCGGUCUAUGCUUGUUCCGCUGCCUGGCUGUAUAUAAAUGGUUUUCUGACACUGCAGUGCACAGUGUAUGUUUGGAGGGAAAUGCUGCAUAACGACACGGAGGUGCUAAUGCGUUAAUGCUAACUGAGCAAACUGUGAGUGUGAAUGAUUCAAUGUCAACAAUGGCUUUCUUUAAUAGCUACAACUUACUCUACUUCUGAAUAUUUACGUUAUCCUGAGCUGUGAUUUGAGCUAUGGGUCUGCUGUCCAGCUCUCCUGCAGCUGUGCUCCUCCUCGCCUUUGCUUUGUUGACAUGUUUGUAUAUAAACCACGUGUCUAACCAUGACAGCAGACUGGUCAGAUCAGUCUGUGCUAAGCCAAAUAAAAGCAAAGCACAUGAAAGGUUUGUAAAUGAAGCAGAACCACAGAGCAGUUCAGAGGAGACGCGCACAGACAGGACUGAUGUCUCCACAGAUAUUAAAUGUACCAUGGCACCAGAGAGUCGGUUUGACUGUGCCAGGGACAGGCUUCUCAGCCAGGAGGAGUGUGAAGAGAGGGGAUGCUGCUACGCCCCCCUGCCUAACUCCACAGGACCACCUUGGUGCUUCUACCCCAGUUUGUACCCUGGCUACGAAAUGGGUCCCCUCACUCCCUCUACACGAGGCCAGGCUGCCACCCUGACUUGUGCCACCCCUUCCUAUCUCCCCAAAGAUGUCUCCAGUCUACAGCUAGAAGUCAUAGAAGAGACUGCAGGCUGCUUACACCUCACUUUAAAGGAUUUAUCGUCUCCGCGAUAUGAAGUUGAGCUCCCAGUUGGUGUUCCUGAGAGCAAAGAUGAUAGCCAAGAAGCCCUCUAUACCACUGAAUUUCAGUCUGACCCAUUUGGCUUCAUAGUACGGCGAAAAUCUAAUGGAAGGACGAUUAUGAAUACCACAGUCGCUCCUCUGCUGUUUUCUGACCAGUACCUACAGCUGUCCACCGCACUGGCCUCUUCCCUUGUGUCUGGCCUUGGGGAGCAUUACACAUCCCUCCUCCUGGACCUUAACUGGACUUCUCUGACUCUCUGGAACGGAGACGUGGCGCCUCAUGCUGAUGCUAACCUCUAUGGCUCCCACCCGUUCUACAUAGUACAGGAGGAGGAUGGCUUGGCCCAUGGAGUUUUCCUUCUGAACAGCAAUGCAAUCGAGGUGAUGUUGCAGCCGACCCCCGCUCUCACCUGGGUGGCUCUCGGAGGAAUCCUGGAUCUGUAUGUUUUCUUGGGCCCUGACCCUCAAAGUGUUAUACGACAAUACCUUCAGGUCAUUGGCUAUCCAAUGAUGCCUCCCUAUUGGUCACUGGGCUUUCAUCUGUGUCGCUGGGGUUACACAACAACUAAUACAACCCGGCAGGUGGCGCAACGCAUGCACAAUGCAAAGUUUCCUAUGGAUGUGCAAUGGAAUGAUCUGGACUAUGCAAAACAGCGCAGGGUGUUCACCUUUGACCCCUGGCGAUUCGGGGACCUCCCAGAGAUGGUGGAGGAGUUCCACAAGAAAGGCAUGAAGUACAUCCUCAUCCAGGAUCCAGGGAUCAGUAGCACCAGCCCUCCUGGAACUUACCCGCCCUUUGAUGAUGGGCUGAAACGAGACGUCUUCAUUAAAAAUGCUACAGGACACAUCCUGAUAGGAAAGGUUUGGCCGGGCCCAACAGCCUUCCCUGACUUCACCAAUCCAGAGACCAGACGCUGGUGGGAGGACUGCAUCAGAGAUUUUCAUUCUAAAGUUCCUGUGGAUGGUCUGUGGAUUGAUAUGAACGAGCCCUCCAGUUUUGUGCAGGGCUCAGUGGACGGCUGUCCUGACAGUGAUCUUGAGAACCCUCCCUACACGCCCAGCGUCGUCGGAGGCCAGUUGAACUCAAAAACCCUUUGUAUGUCGGCUCAGCAGAAGCUGUCCACUCACUACAACCUGCACAACCUGUAUGGACUGACAGAGGCCUAUGCCACACACAGUGCUCUUAUGAAGAUACGAGGGAAGAGGCCGUUCGUCCUGUCUCGCUCCUCCUACCCUAGCAUUGGACGCUUCUCUGGUGUCUGGACAGGAGAUGUCAGGAGUGACUGGGAGCAGCUUCGAUACUCCAUCCCUGCGGUGCUGCAGUUCAGCCUGUUUGGCGUCCCCCUUGUUGGGGCAGACAUCUGUGGCUUUGAAGGCAACACAACAGAGGAGUUGUGCGUCCGAUGGAUGCAGCUCGGGGCCUUCUAUCCAUUUAUGAGAAACCACAACGAUAAGCCGAACGCUCCUCAGGAGCCCUAUAUAUUUGGAAAGAAGGCCCAGGCAGCCAUGCGGAGUGCAUUGAACCUUCGUUACUCCCUUCUCCCAUUCCUCUACACGCUCUUCCAUCAUGCACACACCUCUGCUGACACUGUGGCCAGGCCUCUUUUCAUGGAGUUUCCCGCUGAUUCUAACAGUCAGACCAUAGACCGACAGUUCCUGUGGGGGAGUUCACUUCUCAUUAGCCCAGUCUUAGAGCAAGGAGCAGUAGAGCUGGCUGCAUACCUGCCCCCUGGCACUUGGUACAGCCUGCACAAUGGUCAGCCUUUCUACAGUAAAGGUCAGUACCUCCUUCUGCCAGCUCCUCUGGACACCAUCAACGUCCAUGUGAGGGAGGGACACAUUAUCCCACAACAGGAGCCUGCUUUGACAACCACAGCUUCACGCAGAAACCCUUUCUUCCUGACGGUGGCACUGUCAGCUGGCGGCUGGGCCUGGGGCGACUUGUUCUGGGAUGACGGGGACAGUCUUGACACCUUCGAAAUGGGAAAUCAUUGUUACAUUAUCUUUAUUGCUGGACAGUCUCAGGUGGUGAGUGAUCCUCUCAGGCUAAAUGGGGCCCUGGAUGGUCUGGUGCUGGGAGGGCUGCAAGUGUUCGGGGUGCCCUCUCCACCCCUGUAUGUAUUAGCCAAUGGGGACAAAGUCAGGGAUUUCACGUACCGCAGUGACACCAAGGUUUUGACAAUGACCAGCCUGGCUUUGCCAAUGUCAAAGGUCUUUACAGUCCAGUGGCUUCUCUGAUGCACUGAACUCGCUCUGCCUUUUUGUCCAAAUCAAAGAUUAGUUCUUUGUAAGCAGCAUGUUUUUAAAUAUGCGAUGAUAUCAAACAAACUGAUCCCUUAUGUUGAUAUAUCAGGCUUUACCGCUUGGUUAUUUUUGCUGCUACACUGAAUCAAGAUAACUGUUUAUAUCAUUGUUACUGAAGUGCCUUGUGAAUAAACAUUUUUUAUGAUUUUUA